AUGGUCAACUCCUGUUGCAGCUCUGUCUGUUCUGACCAGGGCUGUGGCCAGGACCUCUGCCAGGAGACCUGCUGCCACUCCAGCUGCUGCCAGACCACCUGCUACAGGACCACCUGCUGCCGCCCCAGCUGCUGCGUGUCCAGCUGCUGCAGGCCACAGUGCUGCCAGUCCGUGUGCUGCCAGCCUACCUGCUGCCGCCCGAGCUGCUGUGUGUCCAGCUGCUGCAGGCCCAGCUGCUCUGUGUCCAGCUGCUACAGGCCCCAAUGCUGCCAACCCAGCUGCUGCCGCCCCAGCUGCUGCCGCCCCUCCAGCUGUGGUUCUAGCUCCUGUGGCUCCAGCUGCUGCCGCCCCUGCUGCUGCUUCCGCCCAGUCUCUGGCCAAGUCUCCUGCCACACCACUUGCUAUCGCCCAAACUGUGUCAUCUCCACCUGCCCCCGUCCCACCUGCUGUGCCUCUUCCUGUUGCUGA